AUGAACUGGUCCGCCAAACAGAAGCAGCAGGCCCAUGACAUCGCCGUGGAAGUCUGGACCUUCCUCAGCGCCACGGGCUCGAACUGCACGCGCGUGGUGCGCCUGCGCAAGGGGCGCCGGGGAGCUGCAGGCCCAGUCUUUCAGAUCCAGCUGGCAAGCUUGCGCGCGAUCGGUGAGGCGGCCAGGCGGCGCGCGGGCGACGCGCUGGCUAAGGUGAAGAUGCCCUACUGGCCGCAUGGCCUGAUGAAGAGCAGGGCGAGCUACAACUUGGGCGAGGACGCUGAGGACAUUGGCCGCUUGGAUGUCCUGGGCUACUUCGGGCCCGACACGCAGGGGCUGCUCACCAAGCCUGCUCUGUCGCCGCCGCCGGGGUCGGAGUGGCCUGCGGCUCCGCCCAGAGCAACUGUCAACGUUGAGCGGUUGGAGGACUGGUUAGUCAUCGCGGCCAAGCUGGCCGGCCUGCUGACGCCCAUCCCGUCGGAGCAGAUUCUUCCAGGGGCGUCUAGAGUCACUCCGCCGAUCUUCUACGUGGCGCACGCGAGCGCGCACCUCCGCCCCCUGGCUGGGGAUGCUAUUGCGCUCGCCCCAUCGCCUGCGCGGGUCAGCAUCUCGCCGGGGCCUCCGGAGAUCCAUCCCUGGAGCGGAGAUGACCAGGCGGGCGCCUUUUCCAUGUGCCGUCUGCCCGCUCCUUGGCUGGGCAACGCGGCUUCGCGCGCGCCCGCGCCUGGCCGCGUCCUGGGGGCAGCUGCGAAGGAGGUCUGGCACGCCAUGACUGCCUUGCCCAUGGGCUGGGUGUACAGCGCCCCGAUCUUCCAGAGUAUCCAUCGGCGCGUGGCGCUGUUGGAGGAGCCGGGCGGGGCCGGGAUGCAGACGCACAUGAGGCAGAGCUACGAGAAGAACGGCAUCCCCAUCAGUAGGAACAGGGCGAACCAGAGGCAGGUCCUGGUCACUCGCACGGGCGUCGAGGUUGGCGGGGUCGCAGGUAGGGCCGCCAACAUCAGGACGAAUAACGCCCAGCUGCAUGUCCUCACCAUGCGGCCCCUGGUCCGCGACCGUUCUCUGGGGAACCAACUUUUGAUCAUCGUGGGCCGCUGGGUGCGACCGCUGGAGUUCCGAAGGCCGCUCCUCGGGGUGUUUAACGCGAUCUGGGAGCAGAUCGGCACAGGGAAGUCGCCUGAGACAGCCUUGGCGAGUUGGCGCGUGGCUACCUGCUGCUGCCCCUCGCACCCGCCAACCUCAGGGCGGUGGCGAUGGGCAUCGCGUCGUGCUCUUAUGCGAGCGAGGACGGCGCUGGCAUGUGCGCGACCAUGGGAGUGGCUGAAAGGGGCUUCCGACUUCCUGGCGAACCUGGGCGACCCCGAGACGCGGGGCCACCGCGUCGCGGGCUAUUCGGGCAGGCGCGUCGUCGAGCUGCCCCGGGACCUCAAGCCCGGGACCGCGAAGGACGAGCCGCGCAUUCUGUUGGUCAGCCUGUUCGACGGGAUAGGGGGCGCGGCUGCGUCGCCGGUCCGCGCUGGCUUCGUCGUCGGCGGCCACCUGGGCAGCGAGGUCGACGAGGGGGCCCGGCGAGUCCUAGGGUCUCGCUGGCCGGGGCUGAUCGAGUUCGGCCACGUGGGGGAAAUUCGCGACGAGCAGCUGGAG